CAAAAAGCAUAUCUUGCAAGAUGAAGCAUCAAGACAUUCACUCCAAAAUAGAUUUUCUAGAUUUAUCUGUUGUAAAGUCUCAAAGUCCAAACUCUAGCAACAUUGGAUGGUUUGAUAAGAGGAUUGAUCAUAGUGAUAGUGUUCAUUUGGAUCCUCAAGGCCAAAACAUUGCCAUGUCCUCUGAAGAGUUGAAGAUUCGCGGCGAGCUUGAAAUGGACGUGGAGAGAGAUUUGGAGGAAGAGAUCAAAGAUGGCAUAUACCAUCUCGCGCUGAGAUUGCACCGGCUCUAUCAGCACAGAAAGGAAAGAAACCAACAAGGCGCAAAGAACAAAACCCUUUCUGAGGUGAACAUCAGCAUUAGAAUGGAAGGAGGAACCAAAAUUGAAAUCAAAGAGAUCAAGAAAGAUGGGCGCGAAAGUGGUCGUCCUCAGACUUCAAGAUCACAAAAUGUUCAAGGUACAACAAUGGUAGGUUCCAAUGCCAAGAGGUUCGAUUGGGCAAAGAGUCUUCGAUCCGGGACUAGUCCUCAUGUUGCUGCCAUUAACAAGAAAAAUAAUAGCUUCCAUCAAGCUAAUCUUCGUCGGAGUUUUAGACUUGAUCAUGGUAGAAGAAAUUGCAGCUCUGCGCUGGGUCAACCUAAGGGGAAUGCUGAGAACAAGUUGCUUGAGCUGGGAUGGAGAACUUGAUCAGACCAUUUGGAUUUGUUAAGAAAGAUUUGAGUGUGUUCAUAUGGAAAUAUUAACAAUAUAUAUUGCUAGUAGUGUUUGCUAUUUGGGUGAUAAUCAAUAAGCCAAAGUGGCAUUAUGUUUUCCUUUGAUGUAACAUUGACUUGUAAAUUAUUAUGAUUGUUUGGGUGCAAUGAAAA